CCUCCUCUUUAUUCUGUGAAUUGUUUGACAGUUCCUGUUCUGCAUCCUAACCUUAACUUUUUGCCCCUUGUAAACACGUGUUUGGGAACGCGCAUAUUUUUAUUUUCAAAAAUCAAGUAUGUCUAUUCAAGAUAAAGUGCUCAUGCGAAAAAUAAAAAAACGGGAAAAACAAAAGUUAAAAUUAGUGCAGCAAAAAGAGUCCGAGAAGAAAGAAAAUGAAGAAACCGUUUUAGAAAACGAGCAAAAAGGUAAAAAAAGAAGCCAAACCUUGGACAAUCAAGAACCUCCUAAAAAAAAGAAAAAGAACCAACAAGUUGAAGAUGAUACUACGGAAGACGUGAACGAUGAAGAAUCGCCUUCUAAGAAAAAAAUGAAGAAAAAGAAGAAAAAAGGAGGCAAGGAGUUGGAUUUGGAGAAGGAAAGUCAAUCAGAUGAUGAAUCAAAUGAGGAGGGAAAUGAUGAAAUUAUGAAUGAAAAUGAUACUAGUAACAAUUUGGAAAAAUCUUUGCCAGGAUCAGAAGCCACUCUUGAAAUUCUGAGCAGUUGUACAUUUGCAUCGUUGCAUGAAAAAGUGUGUGAGAACACGUUGAAGGCGAUAGAGGACAUGGGAUUUACAACACUGACAGAGAUCCAAGCCAGGUCAAUACCACCACUGUUGGAGGGCAGAGAUUUGGUCGGUGCGGCCAAGACCGGUUCCGGAAAAACGUUAGCCUUCCUCAUUCCAGCUGUUGAAUUGAUAUACAAACUCAAAUUUAUGCCGAGAAACGGAACUGGAGUGAUCAUCAUCUCACCUACACGCGAACUGUCAAUGCAAACGUUUGGCGUGUUGAAGGAACUGAUGAAGUAUCACCAUCACACCUAUGGGUUGGUGAUGGGCGGAGCUUCGAGACAAACUGAGGCUCAGAAAUUGAGUAAGGGCAUCAACAUUCUGGUUGCCACUCCAGGAAGGCUUCUGGAUCAUUUGCAGAACACACCUGAUUUCCUAUACAAAAAUCUCCAGUGUCUGGUUAUUGAUGAAGCUGACAGGAUUUUGGAUAUUGGUUUUGAGGAGGAGAUGAAGCAGAUAGUUAAUCUGUUGCCAAAACGCAGACAGACGAUGUUGUUCAGCGCGACGCAAAGUCAGAAAACACAAGCUCUGACAUCUCUGGCAUUGAAAAAGGAGCCAGUUUACGUUGGAGUCGACGACAAUAAAAAUGAGGCAACCGUCGCCGGAUUAGAACAGGGCUAUGUGGUUUGUCCAUCUGAAAAAAGGUUGUUGGUGUUGUUCACAUUCCUGAAAAAGAACAGGAAGAAGAAGGUCAUGGUCUUCUUCAGUUCCUGCAUGUCCGUCAAAUACCACCACGAAUUGUUCAACUACAUCGACCUACCUGUUAUGUGCAUACAUGGCAAACAAAAACAAACAAAACGUACGACGACAUUCUUCCAGUUUUGCAAUGCAGAAUCGGGAAUUUUGUUGUGUACUGAUGUGGCAGCGAGAGGUCUAGACAUUCCCGCAGUCGACUGGAUCGUACAGUACGAUCCUCCAGAUGAUCCUAAGGAGUACAUUCACAGAGUUGGCCGUACGGCAAGAGGUGAAGGCAGCAGUGGUCAUGCCUUGUUAAUCCUGAGACCUGAAGAAUUGGGUUUCUUGAGGUACCUGAAACAAGCAAAGGUGCCACUCAACGAAUUCGAAUUCAGCUGGACCAAAAUAGCUGACAUUCAGCUGCAGCUAGAAAAUUUGAUUGGGAAGAACUAUUUCUUGAAUAUGUCUGCCAAAGAGGCGUUUAAAGCGUAUGUAAGGGCGUACGAUUCGCACAGUCUGAAAACUAUUUUUGAUAUUAGCACGUUGGAUUUGGCGAAGGUGGCUCUCUCGUUUGGAUUCAAAGUGCCACCAGCAGUUGAUUUAAAAGUAUCAGCUAAGAAGGCGGAAAGACCGGCUAAAAGGAAAGGCGGUGGAGGUUUCGGUUAUUACAAGAACAUGAAUUCGGAAAGGCAGAAGACGAAUGUUUACAGACAACCGAAAAGAGGCGGCCCGGAUAGAAGACAGUUUGCUAGAUAAUUAUGUUUUCUCUUUUUUACUAUUUGAUUUUAAUAUAUGUAUGUAUAUUUCUUUAAACGAAAUAAAAUAUUAAAUUGUU